AUGCCAAUGCUGACUGCACUACGCUUCCACCUUAAACUUAGCGAUGGGGCCAAAAAGGCUGGCAGCAUCAACCUUGCACAGUCUUCCAAGCUUGAAUACCUAUACCUCAAUGGUCCGUUCCUUCUAGAAUUUGGAGACAAGCCUGUGCAUCUGGCGCGCUCGGUUGAUCUCGAUUUGGGGGGAUUUUCCUUGGUGCAACAAUGUCUAACAUUCCUUGAGGUGGCCCCAAAUUUGAAGAAACUCCAGAUUGUCCUCAAAGUGAAUCGUCCAACUAAUAAUGAAAAUCGUUCGGUCAUCUCACGCAACCUCCAGACCCUUUCCUUGCGGGAUACCGCUCCUGUCCUACUAAUCGAUAAACUGGCCCUCCCCGCUCUGAAAGUCCUUAAAUACUUUGGAAGUGAAGGUGGAAGUCUCUUAACCUUUGUCGAACGCUCGUUACCACCAUUGACACGCUUGGAAAUCUGUGGGAGCUGUGCGGGCGAAGAAACUAUCAUGCGCGUUCUCCCUCUCCUUCCCAUGCUCCAGGCGCUCAGCUUGAGUUUACGCAUCGUAUCAGCGCGACUCUUUGAGCUUCUCUCAAUACGAACAGGCGCUGAUACAAGUAAUUACACCCGCGACAUACCCAACCAGAUUGUAUGUCCCAAGCUAGGAUGGCUUUUCUUUCGUACGUACUCCGUUGUUGGCGAUCUCCAGGAAUGUGCAGAUGCGUUGUGCAACAUGCUGGAGUCACGUUGGGACUCAUUGAAGCUAUGGGAUUAUGUUAUCGGCGUCAACGUGCUUCACUACCCGUUUUCUACGACUGACCGGGAAGGCGUCUAUCGGCGUAUCCAAGACAGGAAGGAUUUCCUUGCUAAAUGCAAUGGUGAACGCUAUCGACGGCUUUGCUUCUAA